GGUGGUGUCGGUGCUGAAGCAAUACCUGGGCUGGUGCAAUCGCACUUUAACAGCGUGUGACCGCUCUAUUAAACAGCCGCAUUGGCACUUCACAGCCGUUAUCCUCUGGGAACAGUGAGAAGAAGCAAGGAUGUCUGCAGAGACAGUUCCAGCAGCAGCAGCAGCAGCAGCAGUUCCAGCCCAGGACAAGAAGCCAUGCCCUGUGAGCUCCUCGUUAAUGCACUGCCCCAUGUCAUAUGCCCACAGGCAAGACUUUGCUAAGGUGAUGAAGGAAUGCAAAGAGGAAAGUUUCUGGUACAGAGCUCUUCCUAUAUCGCUUGGAAGUAUGCUCGUCACCCAGGGACUCGUUUAUAAAGGAUACCUCUCCCGAAACAAAAGGUUUGGAUCCCUACCCAAAGUAGCAUUGGCUGGUGUGCUGGGCUAUAUGAUUGGAAAAAUCUCCUACGCAAGAACCUUUCAGAAGAAAUUUGAGGAAGCUGGAAUGCAGCCCUUGUUUGAUGCUGGAUUUGUUCCUCCAUUUGCUCAGAAAAAAUCCUGCCGACAUACCUGUGAGGAGUGCAAAGCCAAAUCUACCACAGAUCAGGGUCAAAAUACCCAGGCCUCUGCCCCUGGAACUUCUUGAGGUCUCGUGUGGAAGAAGCGCUCCUCAGCUUGGUAAAGAAGACAGGAAUAUAUUUUUGGUUGCAAUAAGCUGUUUAAACUUUUUUUAUAAUUUUUUCUUUGAUGCUUGAACUUUUUUAAAAAUGGAUAUGAAUUAAAAUUUAUACAAAAA